ACGCCUUUUUUUCCACGUCACCAACACACAGAUCACAAAAAGCCCUAAUCUUCUUUCUUUCCCAGCCAGUCUCUCAAAAUGCGCUAAUCUUCUUUCUUCCAUUAUUUCUGUUGAGGAGGCCGGAUCCCACCUUGUUGCUUACUCUGCCAACAACACCCAGCCAGUCUCUCCCCUGCUAAGGCUGGUAUCCAUCUCUCCACACACUUGGCCAAGAAUCAAGUUCACUUCAAAGCUUGCAACAAACAGUAUUGUGACAUUCCUCUUCAAUAAUGAAGCUAUAAGAGCAAACCCUUUUCUACUUUGUUUCUCUCACCUCGUUAAAGUUUUUAUCUCUUUUUUGGGUUUUUGAACAUUAAAGUACGUAGUUUUCUUUUUGUAUACUCUAUUUUAUUUCUCAUUCUUUGAUUCUGGAAAAUAUUCUACAAAUUGGAUGUUCUAAGUAUAUAUCUGAUUUUGGUUCAAAAAUUUUCAAUGAAUUAAUUAGUGAAGGUUUUUGUUCACCCUGCCGGAUCAUUUACCCCAUCUCCGCUUGAAGUUCUCUCUCCUAUCUAUCUCUAUCUCCGCUUGAAGUUCUAGUUCGACAGGGAAAGGAAAGUUAGGCGAUCUCAACCAAUUUCUACCUUGACCAACACAGAGCUAUUUGUUCAACCCUCUCUUUACUCUCUAGAACCGAGGAUCGGGACUUACCUUCAUUCUUCAGGUGAUUCAGAGAAGUUAAUAAAAGUGUUGUUCGAUCUUGCGAGGCAUCAUGCACCAUCAACUAUAUUUCUUGAUGAAAUUGAUGCAACCAUUAGUCAGCGUGGUGAAGGACGUAGUAAGCAUGAAGCAAGUAGGCGAUUGAAGACUGGGCUACUCAUACAGACUACAGAUGGAUGGUUUGACGCAGACAGAUGAGCUUGUUUUUGUUUUGGCGGCAACAAAUCUUCCUUGGGAACUAGAUGUUGCUAUGCUCCGAUGUCUUGAGAAGCGGAUCCUUGUACCUCUCCCAGAACCAAAAGCAAGAAGAGCAAUGUUUGAUGAACUAUUGCCAUCUACACCAGGUGAGGAGGAACUUCCAUAUGAUAUAUUGGUUGAAAGGACAGAAGGUUAUUCAGGUUCAGAUAUUCGGUUAGUGUACAAAAAGGCUGCCAUGCAGCCACUAAGAAGAGUAAUGGCAUUACUUGAACAAAACCAAGAAGUUGUGCCUGAGGAAGGUACUUGCUUGGAUUUUGUACAAUGGACAACGAAGUGGAGGAAGUGUGAAAAAUUGGAGGUCAACUUGCGGUAGGAAUUAAUGAACAAUGUGAAGAUUGAUGUCUAUUUUUGGGAAAUAUUGAAUUUUCUUUUUAAUUUUGGCACGUUGAAUAAUUAAUGAUGAAUUGUAAAUUAAUGUCUUACUCUUUUGAUAUAUAUUUAAUAGUGAAUUUAAACA